AGUGUGGACGCGCCACUCGACGCUAAAACGCGUUUACGUUCCCAUGAAAACACGCAUAUCGCGCAACUAUUUUCAAUACUAAACUUUCGAACUUUAUUUAACAAUCGACUAAAACAUAAAAGUUUUACGACAAGAGUAUAAUUGUGAAUCUCGAACAAUAUAGUGAAACGUUUCAGUGAAAUUUGUUUAUGUUAACCGAGGACAAAAUUACGGAUUGUGUUGGUCGAAAGAGUUCAUCAUGUGCGGUACAAUAAGGACUAUGUAUUAAAUUGAUACCGAAAUAGACUUUUAUAAAUUGAUGGAUAAUUUAAAUCUGGCGAGGGGACGCAAUACACAAACGCCGACGGAAAAAACAUGACACUGAGCAUCCUGUGUCCUGUUUUCUUUCUUCCUUGAUAUUUGAUUUCCCCAUAAUGGCUCUCCAGAAGACUUUAGCAAGAAAACAUCUAUUCAGCCAAAUUUUGUUUUGGUUUGUGAUCGGAUUUAACGUCGCCGAUCAAAGCUCCCUACCACUGAAAUAUGAAGCUCCUGAUGACUGCCAGUGGUGGUUGAGGGGUCCUAACGAUUCUCACGAGGUUUCACUCACUUGCAAACUUCGAACGAUCAACAGCGAGUUUGACACUACUAAUUUCAGUGUCAUACCAUCGGAGCACACGACAUCCCUACGGAUAGAGUGUAAUGAAGAAAUGAUGUACAAAAGUUCAUUAGAUGACCGUAGUUUCGCGCAUUUGGUCAAGCUGCGUGAACUUGUUUUGGAUAACUGUAAAAUUGGAAGAUGGCCGCCUGGCGUACUAUCCGGGCUAAGAGAUCUCCGAAAUUUAACGAUUCGAACCAAAAACACGGAAUGGGCCGCUAUGAGCCUAGAGAUAGCAUCAGAGAGUUUUACGGCUGUUCGACAAUUGGAAAAGUUGGACCUCAGCUUUAAUAACAUUUGGUCGUUCCCAGAGAACUUGUUUUGCCCCCUGACUAAUUUAGUAUACUUGAACGUGUCUUCAAAUAGACUCCAAGAUGUGAGUGAUUUGGGCUUCAGAGAGCGUGCUAUGCAUCAAGCUUUGAUAAGUGAACAAGAAUCCCAACCUCCAUCACCAUCAUCAUUAGCUCAUAGUGCCUGUUCUUUAGAUAUUGAAGUGUUAGAUGCGUCCAGUAAUCAGUUUGUGCUUAUGCCAGAGAAUGGAUUUAUGGCAUUAAGACGGCUAAAAGAACUGCACAUUCAUGACAAUGAAAUCUCUAUGGUCGCUGACAAGGCAUUGUCUGGAUUAAAACAGCUACAGAUAAUAGAUCUCUCAAAUAACAAAAUCGUCGCUCUUCCACAAGAUCUCUUCAAAGAUUGCAGACCAGUGAUCAAAGAAAUAUACUUACAAAAUAAUUCUAUAAGUGUGCUUUCACCAAGUCUUUUUGCAAACUUGGAUCAAUUAUUAGCAUUGGAUUUAUCUAAUAAUCAUCUCACAAGCACGUGGAUCAAUGAAAACACUUUCACUGGUUUAAUAAGAAUGGUGUUAUUAAACUUAUCAAAUAACAGGUUAACAAAAUUGGAUCCGAAAAUUUUCAAAGAUCUAUAUACAUUACAAAUCUUAAACGUCCAACAUAAUAUGUUGGAAAACAUAGCAGCCGAUACAUUCUCCCCUAUGAAUAACUUACACACGUUGAUUUUAUCUUACAACAAAAUAACUCAAAUAGAUGCCUAUGCCCUGAAUGGCUUGUAUGUGUUGUCCUUGCUAUCAAUUGAUAACAAUCAUCUCGAGGAAAUCCAUCCUGAAGCAUUUAGGAACACAUCAUCUCUACAAGAUUUGAAUUUAAAUGGAAAUCGUUUGAAGAAAGUACCUAUUGGACUUAGAAAUAUGCGGUUAUUGAGAACCCUUGAUCUUGGAGAAAAUCAGAUAACAUCACUCGAGGAGCCCGGCUUUGUUGGUUUGCAUAAUGUGUAUGGCUUACGUCUUAUUGGAAAUAAAAUAGAGAACAUAAGUAAGGAUGUUUUGUCAGAUUUGCCAUCCCUGCAAAUUUUAAAUUUGGCUCGCAACAGAUUGAGACAUAUUGAUAUGAAUGCAUUUGAAACACUAACAAAUUUACAAGCCAUAAGAUUGGAUGCUAAUCAACUUACUGACAUACAAGGCCUCUUUGUAAACAUUCCCUCUCUGUUGUGGUUAAACGUGUCAGAUAACCAAAUAGAAUGGUUUGAUUACGCCGUUAUUCCUCCGGGACUUCAAUGGCUAGACCUUCAUAGCAACAACAUCAAAGAGUUGAGAAACAACUAUCGCAUGGACAAAGAACUUCGUCUCCAAACAUUAGAUGCCAGCUUUAAUAAAAUGACGAAAAUAUACACUUAUUCAAUUCCAAGCAGUGUGGAGUUACUUUUCCUGAAUGACAAUCAAAUUACCCAAGUUGAAGCUCAAACUUUUGUUGGAAAAACCAAUUUAACGAGAGUCGAUUUGUAUGCUAAUCAGAUAACUAGUAUGGAUCUCAAUGCUCUUCGACUGACUCCAGUAGACCCUGGGCGCCCUCUGCCUGAAUUUUAUAUUGGUGGAAAUCCUUUUCAGUGUGACUGUACUAUGGAGUGGUUGCAGCGGAUUAAUAAACUCGAUCAUUUGAGGCAACAUCCUAGGGUUAUGGACUUAGAAAGUAUAUAUUGCAAAUUAUUAUAUAAUCGUGAAAGGACAUAUAUUCCGCUUAUUGAAGCAGAAUCAUCGCAGUUCUUGUGUACAUAUAAAACUCACUGUUUUACAUUGUGUCAUUGUUGUGAUUUUGACGCUUGUGAUUGUGAAAUGACGUGCCCAUCGAACUGUACGUGUUAUCAUGAUCAGCCGUGGUCGGCGAAUAUUGUGGACUGUUCGGCUGCAGGGUAUUCCGAAAUACCUAACAGUAUUCCUAUGGACGCUACGGAGUUGUAUUUAGAUGGUAAUAAUUUUGGUGGUUUAACAAGUCAUGCAUUUAUUGGACGUAAGAACUUAAAAAUAUUGUACGCUAAUAAUUCCAAUAUAGACGCUCUUUAUAAUAAUACCUUUAGUGGACUAAAACGCUUAACAGUGUUGCAUUUAGAAAAAAACAAUAUAAAAGAAUUAUUAGGUUUCGAAUUAUCGCCUCUGGAAAGUCUGCGCGAGUUGCAUCUGCAAGACAAUAAAAUACAUUACAUCGAUAAUCGGACCUUCAUUGAGUUGAGGCAUUUAGAGGUGCUGCGCCUGGAAGGAAAUAACAUUUAUGGAUUUGCCGUGUGGCAAUUCACGAUGAACCCUUAUUUGGUGGCAAUAAGUCUGUCUCGCAAUCCCUGGUCGUGUGAUUGUCAAUAUUUGUACAAAUUCCGCAGUUGGUUUAAAAAUAAUUUGGGCAAAGUGGAAGAUGGUGAUAAGAUCACCUGCAUAUUUGAUAACAAAACAAACACAGUUGGACCAUAUAUGUCAGACUUUAACUCCACAUUUUGCACGAGAGAUAUUGGUGGGAGCUCGUCGAUAAUUGAGAAUCAAGUCAUAAAUGAUUACCUUCCACUGUUAUUAAUUUCUUUAUGCGUGUUCGUCAUAAGCUCAGCACUAAUAUGCGGAGUAUUUUACUGGCGUCGCGAACUGCGGGUCUGGAUUUACUACCACUGUGGUUUUAGAAUGUGUUACAAAAGUACAGCUUUUGACGAUGAAGCCGACAAAGAUCGUCUUUUCGACGCCUACAUCAGUUAUAGCGUGAAAGACGAGGCGUUUGUGGCUCAAAUGCUAGCGCCGGGUCUCGAAUCAACCGACCCCAGUUUCCGCCUCUGCCUACAUUACAGAGAUUUUAACGCAUCAGCGUACGUAGCGGAUACGAUAAUAGAGGCUGUAGAGUCAUCAAAGAGGACGAUAAUAGUCUUAUCAAAAAAUUUCAUCAACAACGAAUGGUGUCGUUUUGAAUUCAAAACAGCUCUCCACGAAGUAUUGAAAGAGAGACGAAGAAGACUGAUAAUAAUAUUGCUAGGCGAGCUACCGAAUAGAGAUAUCGAUCCAGAGCUGAGGUUGUGUUUAAAAGCGAAUACGUGUAUUGAGUGGGGUGAUAGACAAUUUUGGCAAAAACUAAGAUUCGCGAUGCCAGACUUGAGAAAGUGUCAGUAUCACCGGUCAAAUGUGAAUAUUUACGCUUCGGUGUCUCCGGUGGGGGCCGGUCGGGCGCCGGCGCCGCCCCCGCCGCCGCCGCCGGGCAAGCUCCCCCCUCUGCUGGGUGACGCGCUGGCGAUACCGGCCGGUGUCCACGCGCGGGACCCCCACACGCACCGUUUGCCGCCGCAUGCGCAGCUCUGGGCGUAGCGUAUGCUUCAACGCAGGUAAUCAGAUACUGUCCAUACUUGCAACGCUUAAGCGUAUUAGUCCAAUAAAAGUGAUAAUUAAUUUUAAGUCUAGGAUCAUAUUUAUUGUCUUAGGAAAUAUUGUGCCCACUCAAACACGCAUUUAUUUGUACUAAAGCGCUAGUUUUUGUUUAGUUGUUAUGAAUUUCCUAAUUUCUGCGAUAGUAUUUUUAAUGAGGAAACGAACAGGCCAUUGUAAAUAUUUAUUGUUGUACAGAGUAAGUUUAGGUAGGUACCAGUUAAUAUUUGGAUCGCUUAAAUUAUUAUAAUGCCAAAGUUAAAAACUUUUAUUAUGUACAGAUGCAUUUAUAUAAUAUUAUUUUGUUAAACAAGUAUGUCGCAAAAAGAGACUGUAAAUAAUUUUGAGUUUUGUAAAUAUUACAUAUGUAAAUAUUGAAAGAAAUAUUAUUGAAGAAAAA